AUGAACGAGUGGAGUCAAUGGCUAAUUUACAUCCAGAAAUUGGAGCAAGUGUAUGUGCCAAGGAGCCUGCGUCCUAGAGCAUUCACAAAAAUUGUAUCACGAGAACUACACGCAUUCGCAGAUGCAUCGGACAUCGGGUAUGGGAUAGCCGUUUAUACGCGUCUACAGGACGAUAAGGGUCAGGUCUGCUGUUCGUUGCUAUUUGGAAGGUCAAGGGUCGCUCCACUGAAGAAAGUCACCACACCGAGAAUGGAGCUAACGGCUGCCAGCGUAGCAGUGAAGAUCGUUGCAAUAAUUACAGGUGCAAUGGAGUAUGAGUUUGAUAAGAUUGUCUACUGGACCGAUAGUAUGUUCGUGUUACGAUACAUCACCAAUCAGACCAGCAGAUUCCACACUUUUGUUGCUAACAGAGUCACAUGCCACAGACUAACUCUAAACCAAUGGAGAUGCGUCCCUACUCAGCACAACCCUGCAGAUUCUGCAUCCCGAGGACUUCGACCAAAGGAUCAACGAUCUAGCGAGCAAUGGUUGUUGGGGCCCAAGUAUGUAUGGGAGCCGGAGUCACAGUGGCCGAGUUCAGAGUUCUCAAAGGAGCUAUCACCUGAAGAUCCAGAAGUUAAGAAAGUUUAUGCCACACUUGCAGCACCUGGAGACACCGUAACUACAGAUAAACUGUUCGCUAGAUACUCAAAUUAG